CUUACUGUACAGACUUUGUGAAGUUUUGCCUGGAAAGAUUUGAAGUCGUAAUUUGGUCUUCUGCAAUGGAGUGGAACAUGAAUGGUGCAAUGGAUUGUAUAAUGAUGGGUUUAAGAGACAAAAUUUUAUUUGCUUGGGAUCAAAGAAAAUGCACGGAUGGUGGGAUCAAUGCUCUCGAGAAGAAAGGCCAGCCAGUGUUUUUAAAGGAGUUGAAGAAAAUCUGGGAGGAGAGCCCUGCUAUUUCUAAACGCAUGGAAAAGUUUUCUUCAUCGAACACAUUAUUAAUUGACACUUAUCCCUAUAGGGCUCUUCUGAAUCCGCCAAAUACUGCAGUGUUUCCAGACGAAUACACAGCCACCCAUAUCAGUGAUAAAGCUUUAGGUCCUGGAGGGGAAUUGAGAGAUUAUUUGGAUGGUCUGGUAGAAGCAGCUGAUGUACCUUCGUAUGUCAAAAAGCACCCAUUUGGACUGCCUCCAAUGACACCCAUGCAUCCGGACUGGGACCAUUAUUCUAAGAUUCUUACUUAUAACAAGAAGAAAUAGUCUACAGUUUAGGAGAGAUCAUGUAUUAUGAUAAUAAAAGUGAUGUUUCCAUUAUGGACUUUUCUUAUGGUUGGUGUUAGGUUUUGUUAUUGAAUCAUAUCAUUCCUACAAA